CAUCAUCAAUGUUUGUUCUGAAGUUUCUUGAGCACGGAUUAUACUUUGAGCAAGAGCAGUAAGCAAGAUCAAGGAGGUCAGAUCUCUCUACCUGCCUCAUGCUGUCAUGCAGGCCCCUAACAAAAUCAUCAGCCAUUACCAUUUUUGAAAAGUGAUCACCGCCAGGAAUUACAAUAAUCUUCUUCAUCUUGGAACUCAUAAACUCUAUCUUAAGAUUGUUUCUGCAGGAAUCAAGGUUUGGUCGCUUGAUAAAUGCGCCUGCCAUCCUUUCGAGGAAGGAGGCGAGGCCUCUUUUACUGACGACACGACCUGUGCGGCCCCGACAGAAUUCUGCGCCACGAACGUGAUUCCUGCAAAUCCCAUUUCUGGUGCACCUCCACGUCAAGGAUCCGAUGCGGUCCUGCUUCUCGCCUCCAAUCACGCCGCGUGCGCGCUUGUCGUGUAGCGAACGCCGGUAGAGUUAGAGUUGUUCUUGAGGUGCACUUGAAGCUUGAUUUCUGCAAUAAAUGAGGCUCUCCGUCGUCGCACUUUGAUUGAGCUAGCGAAGAUGGGCGGUGGUGUUCGGCUCUGGUUGGCUCUGUGUCUUGUUGUUUUGUGCUUGAGCGAUCUUGCGGGAGCUGGAGAUGUUGAUGGGUUGCUCGCCAAUGGCAACUUCGAGAUCAGCCCGAGGAAGGAGAAGCUCAACAAGACGCUCAUCGUCGGGAAGCACUCGCUGCCGAGCUGGACGAUUCACGGGCUGGUGGAGUACGUCUCCGGCGGGCCGCAGCCUGGGGGAAUGUACUUCGCGGUGGCGCACGGCGUCCACGCCGUCCGCCUCGGCAACGACGCUUCGAUUUCGCAGAACGUGACGGUGACGCCCGGCUCUCUGUACGCGCUCACGUUCAGCGCGACGAGGACGUGCGCGCAGGACGAGGUGCUGCGGGUCCGCGUGCCACCGCUCUCCGGCGACCUCCCGAUCCAGACGCUGUACAGCAGCACCGGAGCCGAUACCUACGCGUGGGGGUUCCGGCCCACGACCGCGGUGGUGCUGGUCAUCUUCCACAACACCGGCGUGCAGGAAGACCCGGCGUGCGGCCCGCUGCUGGACGCGGUGGCGAUCAAGGAGCUCUUCCCUCCCAUGCCGACGAGAGACAAUCUCGUCAAGAACGGAGGCUACGAAGAAGGCCCUCACGUCUUCAAGAACUCCACCUCCGGCGUCCUCCUCCCUCCCAAGCAGCAAGACGCCACCUCCCCUCUCCCCGGUUGGAUCAUCGAAUCCCUGAAGGCCGUACGCUUCAUCGACGCCGCCCACUACUCCGUCCCCUCCGGCUACUUCGCUGUCGAGCUGGUCGCCGGGAGAGAAAGCGCGAUCGCGCAGGUGAUCAGGACCGUGGCCGGCCGCUCAUAUAACCUCAGCUUCGCGGUGGGCGACGCCAAGAACGGGUGCCACGGGUCGAUGAUGGUGGAGGCCUUCGCCGGCAAUGCGACGGCGAAGGUGCCGUUCCAGUCACAGGCGAAGGGCGGGUUUACGACGGCGAGCUUAAAGUUCAUGGCGAGGGAGAACCGGACAAGGAUAACAUUCUAUAGCUCGUAUUACCACACGAGUGUCAGCGAUCCGGGGGCACUCUGCGGGCCGGUUCUGGAUCUGAUCAGAGUUAUUCCGGUGAAAGCUUGAGGCUUGGGGAUAUCUGAUGGAUCAAAGUUUAGAUUUUGAUAUGAUCGUGUUUGAUUCCGGUAGAUUUGUUUGUACGAUCAAGUUUAAGAGUAGUUGUACUAAGAACGAGUAGUUGGUAGAAAUGCAAAGCGUGUGCCUUUUUGCUCA